AUGCCAUCGGAAGAACCCCAUGCGCCCAUACUCUUCCCAGACGGGUCACAUGUCCGGUCGCCCUCCUCCACCGGUACUUCAUCUGUAAACACAGUUGAUGCUGCCUUAACGAGACCAAACUAUAUUAAGAAGCCAUCCUUGCACAUUAUGUCGACAUCUACAACGUCAACUACAACAGAUCUAGUGACAAACCCAAUUUUGAGCAACAUCUCCAUACCAAAGAUAAGUCCUCCCACAUCGUCCUCGGUAGCAACCGCCACAUCUGCAAGUCACGUGACCGGGACCACUGCUCAUACAAAUACAAAUGCUAAUGCUAAUGCUAGUGCUAAUACCAGUGUCAGUAAGAAAAAUGUGCCUCCACCAACCAGUGGGAGGGUACCCUCCAACACUAUUAAGAGAUAUCCAAGCCGCUACAAGCCUUCCCACUCGCUACAGCUGCCCAUCAAGAACGAUUCCAACUUUAAACGAUCUAGCAUCUAUGCCUCCAAAUCCACCGUUACGGCCAUCCCCAUCAGGAAUAACCGGCCAGUUUCCAUGCAGAAUUCGUAUGCACGCACUCCUGAUAGUGAUCAUGACGACGUUGGCGAUGAAGCGUCGUCGAUAAAGAGUGCCUCUUCCUCGUUGACCGCAUCCUUGUCGAAGAGCUUUCUGUUCGCAUUUUAUAACAACCGCAAGAAGGACAAGAUCAGUAACAAUGGCGUUCUUUCAAAAGAGUACUGGAUGAAAGACGAGAGUUCUAAAGAAUGUUUCAGUUGUGGUAAAACAUUUAACACUUUCAGGAGGAAACAUCACUGCAGGAUAUGUGGCCAGAUUUUUUGCAGCAGCUGCACUCUUUUGAUAGAUGGUGAUCGAUUCGGUUGUCACGCCAAGAUGCGGGUAUGUUACAAUUGUUAUGAGCAUGCAGAUACGUACGAGGACUCCAGUGAUGAGGAAAACGAUUCCACAAUGCAAUUGAAUGAACCAAGGUCCCGCUCUCGCUCGCGCUCUUCCAAUACCAAUGCAUAUUCUCACUCACAUUCGCAUUUGCAUCUCAUUUCACAGGACAAUCAUAGCGGCGCCGAUCUUCAUGACCCAGUAGCAGCAACAGCUAACCCUCAACAGCAGAAUGAGGUUUACUUAUUAAACGACGAUGACGUACAAAGUAUAAUGACCUCAGGAGAAGACUCCAAAUUGUUCAUUUCUACACCCCCACCACCUCCGAAGAUGGCAAUCCCGGCAACGAAGCAAGGCGGAUCGCUAGAGAUCUCAUUCGAUUCGGAAAAUGAUAGGGCUUUACAUUAUCAAGAUGAUAACCCCGGCCGUCAUCAUCACCUCGACUCCGCGCCCACGAGGUACACUAUCAGAGAUAUGGAUAAUAUUUCGCAUUAUGAUACCAAUUCGAAUUCCACUUUACGACCACACUAUAACACCAAUAACAGCACCAUUACAAUCAACAAUCUUAAUAACGCUACUUCCAACAACAGCAACUUCAACAAUACUAACAACAGUAGCAGUAACACCAACAUCAACAACCCUGCGCAUUCCCUGAGAAGAUCGAUUUUCCAUUAUGUAAGCAGCAAUAGUAUCAACAAGGACAGCAGCAAUAGCUCUGCUACGCCCGUUUCGUCUACGCAGUCUUCUUCUAUACUAGACCCUGCUAAUCGUAUUAUCGGGAAUUAUGCCCAUAGAAAUUAUAAGUUCAAAUUCAACUACAAUUCCAAAGGUCCUUCACAACAAAAUGACACGAACGAUGGGAACAAUAAUAAUACUAAUAAUAAUAAUAAUAAUAAUAGUGGCAGUGUUAGCAGCGGUGGUCCAACCGACAACAAUAACACUUCUACAAACGAUAAUGGCAUCGCGUUCAAUUUAGAGAGGAAGAAAAGAAACCCACUGACAAAAUCCAAAUCUACGUCCGCUUAUCUAGAAUAUCCCUUGAAUGAGGAAGACUCUUCUGAGGAUGAAGGUUCCAUGUCCAUAUAUUCUGUAUUGAAUGAUGGUCAUAAGACCGAUAAUCCAAUUAGAUCAAUGAGGAACUCUACGAAAUCUUUCCAACGAGCGCAAGCUUCACUACAGCGAAUGAGAUUUAGAAGGAAAAGUAAAAGUAAGCAUUUUCCAAACAACUCUAAAAGUUCUAUUUAUAGGGACUUGAAUUUCUUGACCAAUAGCACUCCCAAUUUGCUUUCUGUAGUGAGCGACGAUAAUCUAUAUGACGAUUCUUCACCUUUGCAAGACAAGGCCUCUUCAUCCGCUGCGAGCAGACUCACUGACAGGAAAUUUAGCAGUGGCAGCGGUAGUAACAAUAACAGUAACAGUAGUAGCAAUAUCAACACAGAUCCUUGGAAGAGAAUUGCUAGUAUAUCGGGAUUCAAGCUGAAAAAAGAGAAGAAAAGAGAGCUAAAUGAAGUCUCUCUUUUACAUAUGCAUGCACUACUUAAACAACUAUUGAAUGACCAAGAAAUUUCCAAUCCUCAAGAAUGGAUAACUCUUCUGGAUGGCGCUUUGCGUAAAGUUCUAAGAACCAUCCUGAAUGCAAGGGAUUUGAACACAUUAGAUUUUAGACAAACUUAUGUGAAAAUAAAAAGAAUUAGUGGUGGGUCUCCUCAAGAUUCAGGAUAUAUCAAUGGGGUUGUGUUUUCGAAGGCACUGCCUUCGAAAACCAUGCCACGUCACUUGAAAAACCCGAGGAUCCUAUUAAUCAUGUUUCCACUGGAGUACCAAAAGAACAAUAACCAUUUCCUAAGCAUAGAUUCCGUUUUCAGGCAAGAACGUGAAUAUUUGGAUAAACUUGUUUCAAGAUUGAAGUCAUUGCAUCCUGAUAUAAUAUUCGUCGGUGCUAAUGUUAGUGGGUAUGCGUUAGAACUACUAAAUGAUUCUGGGAUUGUCGUACAGUUUAAUAUGAAACCACAAGUCAUUGAGAGAAUUGCCAAGUUAACAGAGGCAGAUAUCGCCAUUUCUGUGGAUAAAUUGGCUACCAAUAUUAAGAUGGGUGAAUGUGAAACUUUUGAAGUUAAAAGUUACAUUUAUGGGAACAUCAGUAAGACAUAUACGUUCCUUCAUGGUUGUAAUCCAGAAUUAGGCGGAACAAUCUUAUUAAGAGGCGAUAAUCUUGAAAACCUGAGGAAAAUCAAACAAGUCUCUGAAUUUAUGGUGUAUGCGAUUUUUUCAUUGAAAUUAGAAAGUUCAUUUUUUAACGAUAAUUUUAUUCAACUUUCCACAGAUGUUUAUUUAAAGAGGGCUGAAUCUAAAAAAUUACAAGUUUUUAAAGGUUAUUUUGCAGACUUUUUGAUCAAAUUCAAUAAUAGAAUUUUGACAGUUUCGCCAACGGUAGAUUUUCCUAUUCCCUUCUUAUUGGAAAAGGCCAGAGGUUUGGAAAAGAAACUCAUGGAAAGGAUCAAUCAAUAUGAAAGCGAAUCUGAUUUAGAUCGGCAAACGCAACUAGAUAUGCUUCAAGGUUUAGAAUCGACUAUUACGAAGAAGCAUUUAGGAAAUUUAAUAAAAUUUCUGCAUGAAAUGGAAAUUGAAAAUUUAGAACUUGAAUUUCAGAAGAAAAGUCGCCAAUGGGAGGUCUCAUAUUCAUCAUCACAGAACUUACUUGGUACCGGCUCACACCAGUCUAUAACGGUUCUCUACUCAAUGGUUUCAACAAAAACCGCCACACCUUGCGUUGGCCCUCAAAUUGUUACUAUUGACUAUUUUUGGGACAGUGAUAUUUCCAUUGGUCAGUUUAUCGAAAAUGUUGUGGGCACUGCCCGGUAUCCCUGCCAACAAGGCUGUAAUGGUCUAUAUUUGGAUCAUUAUAGAAGCUAUGUUCAUGGAUCAGGAAAAGUGGACGUCUUAAUCGAAAAAUUCCAAACCAGAUUACCAAAACUAAAAGAUAUUAUUCUCACGUGGAGUUACUGUAAAAAAUGUGGAACAUCUACUCCGAUUUUACAGAUUAGCGAAAAAACCUGGAAUUAUUCUUUUGGUAAAUAUUUAGAGGUUAUGUUUUGGAGUUACAAAGAUAGCGUGACAGGAAUUGGGAAAUGUCCUCAUGAUUUCACCAAAGAUCAUGUCAAAUAUUUUGGCUAUAAUGAUUUGGUGGUUCGGCUGGAAUAUUCUGAUUUGGAAGUUCAUGAAUUGAUAACGCCACCACGCAAAAUAAAAUGGAAACCUCACAUUGAUAUCAAAUUGAAGGUGGAACUAUAUUAUAAGAUCCUAGAAAAGAUCAAUAAUUUCUAUGGAAGUGUCUCAAGUCGUUUGGAACGUAUUAAAUUGGAUAGUAUGACUAAAGAUAAAGUCCUUAGUGGGCAAGCUAAAAUUAUCGAAUUGAAGAGCAAUGCUACAGAGGAACAGAAACUAAUGUUGCAAGACUUGGACAAUUUUUACGCUGAUAGUCCUUGUGAUCAACAUUUACCAUUGAACUUGGUUAUCAAAUCUUUAUAUGACAAGGCUGUGAAUUGGAACUCUACAUUUACUAUAUUUGCGAAAAACUAUUUGCCUUCUGAAACUGAUAUUAGUCGUAUAACCGCGAAGCAAUUGAAAAAACUAUUUUACGAUUCUUCAAGAAAGGACAGUGAAGAUAAAAAAUCACUUCAAGAUGAAAAUAUAAAGACAAAAAAACCCGAAAAGAAUGAAUUACCUUCAGAGGGGUUGAAAGAUAUCGGAAAGCCGAAAAUCGAUAGCAAGAGCACAACAGAAAAUUGUGACACGAAGAACGAGCCGCAAAAUGGCGUGGCGAUAACCAGUUCUAAAGACGACACCCCAACUCUUCCAAUAAGCGGUACCAGCCACUUGAUGGUUACACCUUCUGCGUCCUCAGUUUCUUCUUCUUUGACCCCUCAGGCCGAAGAGCGUCCGCUUAUGAGUAGAAGUGGAACGGGUGUAUCUAUGACUUAUGAUAAAAGCACUAGGCCUAACAUAAGAAAAAUGAGCAGUGAUAGCAGUUUAUGUGGGCUGGCAUCAAUUGCUAAUGAAUAUAGCAAGAAUAAUAAGGUUGGUAAGCUAGCUACAUUUUUUGAUCAAAUGCAUUUUGAUGCCCUAUCGAAAGAAUUUGAACUAGAACGUGAAAGGGAAAGAUUACAACUUAAUAAGGAUAAAUAUCAAGCCAUACGAUUACAAACAUCGACUCCAAUUGUGGAAAUUUAUAAGAAUGUCAAAGACGCGGUUGAUGAACCGCUUCAUUCUAGAAGUUCAGGCAAUAAUUUGUCAUCUACGAAUGUUAAAGCUUUGGAGGCACCCAUGGGAGAACACUACCGGAGCAGCAACUGCAAUCCUCCUAAUUUGGAUCAAAACUUAGAAAAUGAAUUGGAAAAUUCAAUUAGCCAAUGGGGUGAAAAUAUUCUGAACCCUUCUGCAAAAACCACCGCUAUUACACACGUGAAUUCUAGGCCAGUAGUAAAGGAAACUUCAGAAAAUCCAAAAUCGAUUGUUAGGGAAUCGUCAGAUAAUCCAAAGUCGGAGCCCCUUCCACCUGUAAUAACAACGACAACUGUCAACAAAGUGGAAUCUACUCCUCAACCAGAAAAAUCAUUAUUAAUGAAAACCUUGAGCAACUUUUGGGCAGAUCGAUCAGCAUAUUUAUGGAAACCCCUUGUUUAUCCGACCUGUCCUUCGGAACACAUUUUUACUGAUAGCGACGUUAUAAUCCGUGAAGAUGAACCAAGUUCCUUGAUCGCAUUUUGCCUAAGUACUUCUGAUUAUAGAAAUAAAAUGAUAAAUUUGAAUGCUCAACAACAACAACAACAACAACAACAGCAACAACAGCAAACAGUAGAAGCUAUUCCAACUAAAGCAGGAGGAAACAGCGGAGGAACUUCUCAGACUCUGGAUCCUUCUGUUACUAUUUCUCCUUCAGUUUCUACAACCUCCCAUAAUAAAGGGAGGGACUCAGAAAUUUCAUCGGUAGUAACCACCAAGGAGGGUUUGAUGAAUACUUCUUCCGUAGAAGGUGCCCGUGAUAGGACCCCACAAGAAUCGCAAACGCAUUCUCAGGCAAAUUUAGAUAAUCUCCAGGAACUAGAAAAAAUUAUGACAAAAAAAACAGCAACGCACUUGAGAUAUCAAUUUGAAGAGGGUUUAACGGUCAUGUCAUGUAAGAUUUUCUUCACAGAACAUUUCGACGUGUUCAGGAAGAUUUGUGAUUGUCAAGAAAAUUUCAUUCAAAGCUUGUCAAGAUGUGUUAAAUGGGAUUCCAAUGGAGGAAAAAGUGGGAGCGGGUUUUUAAAGACUUUAGAUGAUAGAUUUAUCAUAAAGGAGUUAUCGCACGCAGAAUUGGAAGCCUUUAUAAAAUUUGCACCAAGUUAUUUUGAAUACAUGGCACAAGCAAUGUUCCAUGAUUUACCCACGACUUUGGCUAAAGUAUUUGGGUUUUAUCAAAUUCAAGUAAAAAGCUCUAUAUCAAGCUCUAAAAGUUAUAAAAUGGAUGUUAUCAUUAUGGAGAACUUGUUUUACGAGAAAAAAACGACAAGAAUAUUUGAUUUGAAGGGUUCUAUGAGAAAUAGACAUGUCGAACAAACAGGUAAAGCUAAUGAAGUCUUAUUGGAUGAAAAUAUGGUAGAGUAUAUUUAUGAAUCACCUAUUCAUGUCCGCGAAUACGACAAAAAGCUUCUAAGAGCCUCUGUCUGGAACGAUACACUAUUUUUGGCCAAAAUGAAUGUGAUGGAUUAUUCUUUAGUCAUUGGUAUUGACAAUGAAGGAUAUACUUUGACAGUGGGGAUUAUUGAUUUCAUUCGAACGUUUACAUGGGACAAAAAAUUGGAAAGUUGGGUCAAAGAGAAAGGUUUAGUAGGGGGAGCCAGUGUGAUCAAGCAACCCACCGUCGUUACACCAAGGCAAUAUAAAAAACGUUUUAGGGAAGCAAUGGAAAGAUACAUUUUGAUGGUUCCUGAUCCAUGGUACAGGGAAGGAAAUUAA